UAGGCAUAUGAAGCUUCCUCAUCAAAUCAAAUAAAGACGAUUAGGAAAAAAAGAAUGUACACAUUAGGAGAUCACUCAAAAUACCUUCCUAAGUCCUAACAAACCACCCCGUAUUAAUCUAUAAAGAAAUCGUUUCUGAUAUUCAUCUCAAAAUUAGCAAUAAUUUAGGGAAAUCCUGAAAAUUAUAAAAAAUAUUCCAUGCUAUUUGUAGACAUAAAAAAAACAGUCAAGUACGAACCAAAUUGUGUGAGCAGUAAAUUGCAACAAUCAGUGAGUCAGAUCCUUUCUCUUUCUUCUUCUUCUUCCUUUAAACCCCACUUAAUUUCUCCUCGACAUUCCCCCAAAAACAUACACCUUCCUAUUUAAUACUCCCCUUUAAUUCACAUUUACACCAAUAAAUCUCCAGCUCUUUUCUCAAUAACCCCAGAAUUUCUCUCUCUAAUGGAAGAUUUCGGCCUUUUUGAACCCGACCCGCUUCUGCAAUCCGGAGCUUUCAUUGAUCCAAACCCGAUUUCUUCAAAUGGGGUCAUCCCUCCAACCGUUGAUCCGGUUGCGGUGGAAUCUCCGGCGCAGAUUCCCGAUGAAAAGGGCGGAGGAGCAACUUCGAAUGGGAGUAAGAAGAAAUCCGGUAAGAAAACUGCUGCCGGGGAUGAAUCUCAGCCGUCCGAUUGUACUAUUGUGCCGAAUCCUGAUUGGUUGUCUUCUGAUUGGGUGGUUCAAGAGCGUGUUAGGAAUUCCGGUGCUUCUAAAGGUUCUCGCGAUAAGUACUAUAUAGAGAAAGCGACAAAGGUUAGGCUCAGGUCAAAGAAGGAAGUGCUCAACUAUAUCCAAACAGGAAGUUCCACAAAGAGAAAGAAUAAAACAGAUGAUGCUAAUGGUUCGCCUGUGCCUGACUCUGCCACCCCUAAGCGGAAGAAGGCUGAGUCAAAGGCAAAAGUUUCUUGGAAGAACUUCAAUUUUCACGAUGCCCCGGCGAAGGUGAAAUGGGUCUUGUCUGAUAUCUAUGAAGGGACGUGGAGGCCCUUGACCAAUAGCGUUGAGAGGGUCCCUGAAUCUGCCAAGCAAGAAUGGAGUGCAGCUUUUACUUACCUCUCUUUACCAAAUGGUAGCAAUGGAGCAUUAUUCUAAGAGUUAUCCUCUCUCUCGAUUGUGGGAUUAAAAAGGCUAGUUAAAACAUACUAACAAACCACAGAAGUGAACCAUGUCUAUAUAGUGUAAUAGUGUCUUUCCUUUUGCUUCUUUUUGAGCUGAAUAUUUGUGAAUAAUCUUAACAUUUAUGGUGCAUGGUUCUUUUGACCCAAUAGGACUAGUUAGAUUGAAAUUUAGCUAGUUUUCUUUUGUUAUUACAACUUAGUAAUUUGAAUUCUCUGCAUUUUGAAGUUGCAAGCCUUGGUUCUUAAUGUUCUUUUUACAA